AUGAAAGACCACGGUAUGUUGAACAGACUGUAUGGACAUUGUGCUACUAACAAUGAUCCUAAUUUAUGUAUGGUUUUCUUUCGACGGCGAUGUAAAAAAUUUAUUCCAACAACCAAUGAUCCAUCUCGUUGUUUUUGUGGUCGACUCGAAUCAGAACAUGAUAAUAAGAAUGAACAUCGUCCGCCAUCUCGUAUAAAACUACCUAAUCGUGCACUUAAAUCAGUAUCAUCAAAACUUCUUUAUACUAAUCCAUCACAUGAUCAAUCUGAACAUGAUUAUGAACGAUGGAAUGUUGCGAAACAUACAACACUGUAUCCAACAAAUGCAUAUGGUAUUAUUGAAUUUGAAAAUAUGCUUCAUCCAGCUAAAGCACAUUAUUUACGCUUGGCUUAUGAUACCAAUCCAGGUCAAAUAGUUCAUCUUUUCACAAAACAAUGGCGUUUACAAUUACCGAAUCUUAUUGUUAGUAUUCAUGGUGGUAUUCAAAAUUUUGAUUUACAACCUCGCCUUCGUCAAGUACUUAAACGUGGCUUAUUAAAAGCAGCUAAAACUGCUGGUGCAUGGAUAUUUACAUCCGGUAUAAAUACAGGUGCUGUUAAACAUGUUGGUGAUGCACUCUAUAUGAGAUCAAAAAUAAGGUCAAAUAUUGUUGUUAUUGGUAUUGCACCAUGGGGAAUUAUUCAAGGACGUGAACAGCUGAAAGGAGAAAAUCAAACAGUUUCUUAUCAUUCAGCAGCUGUUGUUACAGAAGAUAAUUGUGCAACAUUAAAUAGUUCACAUAGUUGUUUUUUACUUGUUGAUAAUGGAACAAUUGGAAAAUAUGGAGGAGAAGUUAUAUUACGAAAACGUUUUGAAAAAUAUCUUUCACAACAAAAAAUAUCAUUUCAUGGUCAUGUUGGUAAACAAAAUAUUCCUGUUGUAUGUGUUGUUGUUGAAGGUGGAACAAAUACAAUUCGAACAGUACUUGAAUAUGUUACAGAAGAACCACCCGUUUCCGUUGUAGUCAUUGAUGGAAGUGGUCGUGCUGCUGAUCUUAUUGCAUUUGCAUAUAAACAUACAACAAAUGAUGGAACAAUGGCUCCUGAUUUACAAGAACAGUUAUUACAUUCUAUUGAAAAAGUAUUUAAUUAUACUCGACAAAAAGCAGAAAGUGUUUAUGUUGAAUUAAUUGUCUGUAUGAGAAAACGACAAUAUAUAACAAUUUAUAGAAUGGAUGAUGAUGAUUCUGCAGAACAAGAAGACGUUGAUCAAGCUAUUUUAAGAACUCUACUGAGAAAUCAUAAAGCAAGUGCACUUGAACAAUUUCGUUUGACACUCUCAUGGAAUCGACCUGAUAUUGCUCAAACAUGUUUGUUAACAAAACGUCCAGAAUUAACUCAAGCUCAAUUAGAUGUAUGUAUGUUCGAAGCUCUUGUUGAUAAUCGCGUUGAAUAUGUUAAAUUACUUAUUGAAAAUGGUGUAUCAAUUAAAAAUUUUCUUACAUUUAAUCGUUUACAAGCGUUGUAUAAUGCUUGUGGAGCAAAUAGUACAUUACAUUUAAUUGCUAAAGAUGUUAUACGUGGUGUUAAUUAUCAUGCACAACCAAGAAUCUAUUCAUUAUAUGAUAUUGGUUUAAUUGUUGAAAAACUUAUUGGACAAGGUUAUCGUUCAUCAUAUACACGUCGUACAAUACGUCAUUUAUGUGCACGACAACCACUUAUUCAACGACAAAAUUUUAAUGUUUAUACAGAUGCUGAACAAAAAGAACAACAUUUACAAAUAAAUAAUACAACAGUAAAUGAAGAUGUAAAAAGAAAUUCAUUAAAUGAUGAUCCAACAUUUGAUUUUCCUUAUAAUGAACUACUUGUUUUUGCUGUUCUAACAAAACGACAUGAAAUGGCAUUAUUUUUUUGGGCACAUGGAGAAGAAGCAUUAGCGAAAGCACUUAUUGGAUGUCGAUUAAAUAAAAGUUUAGCAAGAGAAGCACAAGAUGAUGAACUUGAUACAGAAAUUGCCGAUGAAUUUUUGUCAAAUGCAGAAGAUUUUCAACAAAGAGCACUUGCUCUUCUUGAUCAGUGUUAUCAAGAGGAUGAUGUCAAUGCUACACAAAUUCUAACGUUUGAACUUGAAAAUUGGUCGAAUUGGACAUGUCUUGAUCUAUCUGUAACAGCUUAUCUUCGAGAUUUUGUUGCACAUAAAUGUUGUCAACAGCUAUUAUCUGAUUUAUGGAUUGGUGGAAUGAAUGUACGAAAAUAUCUUAAAUGGAUGGUUUUACUUGCACUUUUUUUUCCACCCGCACUUUUCUUAAUUGAUUUCAAAUCAUCAAAAGAAUUACAACUGAUGCCUCAAACAGAAGAAGAAUAUUUUCAAAAUGAGGAUGAUUCUGAUGAUGGUGAGGCUAAUGAUGACGAUUCAACUGACAAUAGUUCAGGAGAUUCACGUUCAUCAUCUUCCGAUGAGUCACCAGAAUUAGUUAUUUCCGUUAAUAAUACAGAUCGCGAUGAUGAACAAACAAAUGAUGAAAUGCAACAUGAAACAAAUGCAUUACGAAAACGUCGAAGAAAAAGUCGAAAGAAAAAACGAAAGAAACUAAAUAGUAGUACGGCAGCACAUGCAGAUGAUCAACCAUCAUCACCUAUACUUAUUAAUAAUAGUAAUAAUAAUAAUAAUAAUCUAAAUCGAUCAGAUGACCCGAAUUUAUUUGCUAUGGGUGAUUUAACACCAAAUCAUCGUCCAUUAUCAUCAUCAAUAACAGGUAUAACAACAAUACCAAUAAAUGAACAAGAUGAAAUAGAUAAUAAUUCUCAUGAUAUUGUUAAUGAACGACGAUCAAUUCGACAUUGUAUAACAAAUGCACAAGAACGAAUUCAUCAUUCAUUUAUUUAUCGUGUUUUUGAUAUAAUAUUACAUCGAAUACAGAGGUUUCUACGUCGUUAUGGAUGUGGAAAAAAAACUGAUCAUGAUCAUUAUUUAAAUGAUAAUGCUGAACAAAUAUCCUUACCAAAAAAAAUCUAUGAAUUUUAUAAUGCACCUGUAACAAAAUUUUUUCAAGAUUUAAUUUUUUUUAUACUUUUCUUGGCUAUUUUUACUUAUGUUGUACUUAUACGUACACCACCUAAACCAUCUGUAUGGGAAUGGAUUUUGAUGGUUUAUUUAACAACAGUCGCUAUGGAUUUAAUCAGGGAAUUAUUAAUCUUGAGGGUAACAAGAUGGAAAACUUGGUUAUCUGUUUAUUUUCAUGAUGUUUUACAUAUAUAUGAUACAUUUUGUUGUCUAAUGUUUGCAUUAGCUUUUGGAUUAAGAUUAACUAGUGCAUUUCUGAUUGUUGGAAGAUUAUUAUUAUGUAUUAAUUUAAGUUUAUGGUACCUUCGAAUGUUUCAUUUUUUGGUUGUAUCAAAAGAAGUCGGACCAUAUAUUCAUAUAGCAGCAAGAAAUAUUAUCGAUUUAUUCCGUCUAAUUGUUAUUGUAUUAAUUGUUUUAAUGAGCUUUGGUGUAUCCAGACAAGCAAUUAAAUAUCCUGAUGCUGAAUGGAGUUGGCAUUCUGUUAAAGAAAUAUUUCUUGAACCUUAUUUUAUGAUAUAUGGUGAAGUAUAUGCUGAUAAAAUUGAUGCGCCUUGUAAUCGAACAGAAGAUCCAACGAAUCCAUCUUGUCAAUUUGGUCAUUUUAUAACUCCUAUUACAAUGACAGCAUUUCUUCUUGUUUGUAAUAUACUUUUACUUUCAAUGUUAAUGGCUCAAUUUACAUCGACAUUUAUGAGAUUAAGUCGUUUAUCUGAUCAGGUAUGGAAAUUUCAACGAUAUCAUACAAUUCUUCAAUACGAACAAAAACCAUUAUUAGCACCGCCAUUAAUCAUAUUUUCUCAUAUAUUUCUUCUAUUUAAAACAAUUUAUCGUAUAUGUCUUCAUCGUAAACGUACAUUUAAUCGCGGUUUAAAAUUAUUUUUAAGUGCAAAAGAAAUAGAAAAAUUACGUGAUUUUGAAGAAGAAUGUGUGCAUGAAUAUAUUCUAGCUAAAGAAGAUAAAGAAAAAAGUACAGUUGAAGAACGUAUGUCAACUACAUCUGAAAGAGUUUCACAUAUGUUAACACGUGUUGAAACAUUAAAACGAAAUAGUACUCAACAAGCAAACAAUUUUCAAAAUUUUGAUGAACGUUUACAACGUCUUGAAGACAUGCAAGCAACAACAUUACAAUUACUUAAUGUUCUUGUUCAAAAUACACGAGCAUCCGCAACUGAACAACAGACAUUAGAACAAUCGGAUUCAUGGAAAUUAUCUGAGAAAGGAAUCAAAGAAGUCGAUGAUGAUGAACUAUUCAAUUUUGCAGCUUUAUCAUCAACAGAUGAUAUUACACGACCUGUAUCAUCUCUAUUAUCAUCGUCUGGAGCUCGGCCAAUGCGUUCAGCAAGUUUUACAGGUCGAAAAGUAACAAAUUCAUUACCAAUACCAAGUUCUGCACCACCACAAAUCAUCGUUGGUGGAUAUUCCGGUACAUCAGCAACAAGUGAUGAACGUUCAGGUACUGGACCCACAGCACUUAGUGCAUCAUCAUCAGUCAGUGCUCUUGAGGAUAGUAGUCAUUUAUAUCAAGCUGAACAAACAGAAACUAAUAUAUAUGGAAAAUUAAUUAAAGAACGUUUUCGUAAAUUAUCAGAAUUUGUUGAAGAUAUCGAAAGAACGCUACCAAAUCAUCAACAACGUGAUAAAUGUGAUACAACAGAUGAUGAUGAAACAUUAUCAACUAUGGAUUGGGUUGAUACAAAUGGACGUACAACAUAUAAUAGUACACGUGUAUCACGUUAUGAUAUUAAUCAAGAAGAUAAUGGACAAAAUUUACUUACAACAACUAUUCAAAAUAUUGAAGAAACAGAACAAAUUUUAAUAUCCGACGUAUCUACUCAUUCAUCACCAGAUCAUAAUGUUACAAAACAGAUAUAA